AUGGCGGUGAUCACCCUCCAGAUGGGUGGUCAGGGAAGGCGCUUUGAGGAGCUGGCAGGUGAGCAGAGCCCUGGAUGGAAUGAGAGGCCUGGAGACAUUUCAAGAAACAUUCAAGGAGCUUCUGAGAGCGGAGUAAUUUUUCAGAAGUGUGCAGUGGAGUCGGGGCCAAGCGUGUCACCAACGGCUCAGGUGCGCCUGCUGGUAAACAACACCCCGACGCCAGGGGCCGCCAACCUGUCCGAUCUGCUUCUGCUUGACAAUAUUACCGGCCUUGUUGUCAGGGACUCGACUGGAAACAAGACCUCAGUGGGACUCCAGACCUUCAGGAAGACAUUUCUGCCAGUCGGAGACUCCUUCUCAGUCAGCUACACGGCCUCCCUGGAGGCCCGAGACCUUGGGCGUGGGGAGAUCCUGAUGCUGCCGGCCCUGCUCACCUUUCAGAGCUCGUCACAGUCAGUGAACAGAACACAGCUGAAAGCCCCGUUCACCAUCACUGCAGAGGACAAGGUAAAGGUUCUCCCGAACCAUGGCCUUCACGCAGUCGGGUUCUUCGUGGCCUUCGUGGUCUCCCUUGUGCUGACCUGGGUCACACUUUUCUUCAUGGUUCGAUGUCAGUGUUUGAAGGGAAGCGUGUUCGCCAGACACCAGGUUCAGCAUCACGAGAGCAAGCUGGAGCACUCGCAGUUCACGUCAGCCGAUGGUAUGAAUGAGGAUCUGGCUCUGAAUGACCAGAUGGUAGACAUUCUGUCUUCGGAGGACUUGGGAAGCAUGCUGCAAGCCUUGGAAGAGUUGGAGAUUGCAACCCUGAAUCGGGCCGACUCAGAUCUGGAGGCUUGUCGAACCCAAAUCAGCAAAGACGUCAUUGCCCUGCUGCUGAGAGACCUGACCAGCAGGGGCCACCUCUCCCCUCAAGCAGAGAGGAGGAUGGGCGCUGUUUUCAAAAAGCAGUUUCUGAAGCUGGAGAAAGAAGUGCAGGAGGAGUAUGACCGGAAGAUGGUGGCGUUGACGGCCGAGUGCGACCUGGAAACAAGGAAGAAGACAGAGAACCAGUACCAGAGGGAGGUGGCGGCGAUGGAGGAAGUGGAAGAGCUGCUGAAACGUGUUAGUGAGAGGUCUGCCAGUGAGUGCAGCAGCCUCCUGCGGACCCUGCACGGCCUGGAGCAGGAGCAGCUGAGAAGGUCCCUGGCGCUGCAGCAGGAGGAAGACUUUGCCAAGGCUCACAGGCAGCUGGCCGUUUUCCAGAGAAAUGAACUGCACACCAUCUUUUUUGCCCAGAUAAAAAGUGCUAUUUUCAAAGGGGAUCUGAAGCCAGAGGCAGCUAAAAUGCUGCUGCAAGAUUACUCUAAAAUACAGGAAGAUGUAGAACAGUUAACGGACGUUUUCCAGGCCAAUAAGAGGUGUCAUCUGAGUAAAAGGUUCGGCCACAGAGAGUACCUGGUCCAGAACAUGCAGUCGUCAGAGGCCCGUGUGCAGGGGCUUCUGAACGCGGCCGCUGCUCAGCUGACCCUCCUCAUCCAGAAACACGAGAGAGCAGGGUACUUGGAUGAAGACCAGAUGGAAGUGCUGAUGGAGCGGGCUCAGACCGAAGUCUUCUCUAUAAAGCAGAAGCUGGAAAAUGACCUGAAGCAGGAAAAGAAAAAGCUCCACCAAAAGUUAAUAAUUAAGAGAAGACGAGAGAUGCUGCAAAAGCACAAGGAGCAGCGGAAGGAGCAGCUGGCCCUCGGGGAAGCCUUCCGCGCCGCCCAGGACGUGGGCCAGUACCUGGGCCGCUGGCGGCGCCUCGCGGCGGACCACGGCGCCGCCCUGGAGGAGCUGCAGGAGCGGCUGGACCAGGCGGCCCUGGACGAGCUCAGGGCGCUGACCCUGGCGCUGUUCGAGAAGGCCACGGAGGAGCUGCGGCGCCUGCAGAGCUCCACGCUCACGCAGGAGCUGCUCAAGCGCGGCGUGCCCUGGCUCUUCCUGCAGCAGAUCCUGGAGGAGCACGGCGCGGAGCUGGCCGCCUGCGCCCAGCAGCUCGAGGCCCAGGAGAGGGACCGGGACCAGGAGGGCGUCCGGAGCGUGAGGCAGAGGCUCAAGGAGGAUGCCCUGGAGCCCUCGGUGGAGGAGCAGGCGGAACUGCGACACUGGGGGCGCUGGGUCUUUAUGAGGCUCUGCCGCUCGGCCUUCUCCCUGUCCGAAGAGGAGCUGCUUAGGGCAAGGCAGGACAUGCACGCCUGCUUCACGCAGAUGGACAGGAGCUUGGCCCUCCCCAGAGUCCGGGCCCGCGUCCUGCUGCAGCGGCUUCACACUGCUUGGCGGGAGGCAGAGUUCCUGAAGUUGGACCAGGCCCUGGCUGCCCCGGAGCUGCAGCAGCAGUCCAGGGCGAGAAAGCCGCGCGCCAAGAGCAAGAGCAAGAUUGACCUCCUGAGGAAGUGCCUCGAGGAUAAAAUCCAGCUCUUCGACGCACCGGCUCCUGAAGACCUGGCCGAGAAGGUCCGAGGAGAGCUGCUGCGGGAGAGGGUGCAGCAGCUGGAGGCCCAGGAGGCUCGCUUCGCAGAGUCCCUCGUCUCCCUGCAGUUCCAGAAGGCAGCCAGGAUGGCCAAGACACUGUGGACAUACACCGCCCUCCUGAGCAUCCAGGACCUGCUGCUGGAGGAGCUGAGCGAGUCGGAGACCCUGACCAAGGCAGCCUGCGCUCAGAUCCUGGAGUCCCACAGUCCCGAGCUCCAGGAGCUGGAAAGGAAGCUGGAGGACGAGCUGGCCCACCAGGAGGCGGCCCAGCUGCAGCGGGCCCUGGCCAGUCGGCAGCAGUGGGCAGGGGACGGGUCCAGCCUCCUGGAUGAGUCCGAGGACACCGAUUCUGAAAGGCAGGUGUCCGCUGUGCUGCGGCGAGCCCUGAGCAAGAGCCAGCAAUUACUGGAGCACCACCAGCAGAGCUUGCGGGAGGAGCAGGAGAGCAGUGUCAUGCUCGAAGACUUGCUGGAGACUCUGGAGGCGGACACCUUUGUGACCCUGUACAGCCAGGAGCUGAGGCUGGCCUCGUACCUGUCCAAGCUGACGAUGGUGCCCGCGGGCACCCUGCGCCGCCUCCUGAGCGUGGCCCUGCCCACGGCCGCACAGCCCGAGCUGCUGGCCCUGCUGGACUCGGUCAGCCAGAAGCAGCCGGACCCCGCAGCAGAGCCGGGCGGCGGGGAGCAGGCCGACCUGGGCCGGAGGGGGAAACACCAGGGCUGGUGGCAAGCCUUAGAAAGCAAACUGCGCAGAGAGCUGAUAAGCAGAGGAUUGGAAAAGAUGCUGUGGGCUCGCCAGAGGAAGGAGAGCAUAUUGAAGAAGACGUGUCCCCCUCUGAGAGAGAGGAUAGCAUUCCCUGGGAAAGGGAGCUGGCCACACCUGUCCCUGGAGUCCAGUGGCGAGCUGGUGCCUGUGCCCAUCGUAGGGGCCGAAGCCAUCGAUUUGUUAAACACAGGCGAGAAGCUCUUUAUAUUCAGAAACCCAGGGGAGCCGGCGACCUGGCUGCACGCUCCUCCCAGGAAGAAGAAGAAUUUUCUGAACGCCAAGAAGGCCGCCCGGGCCCUGGGCACGGACUAGCCAAACGGAGAGCGCCAGGAGCCUGAAGACCGGAGGACUCGUGUUCUCCCACCCACCGUGUGUGUUUGUAAUGUAUAGUCUGCAAAUAGAAAUCGCACGUGGAAGACACAGACACCCCAACAAGCCCCCUCCCCGACUCUCACAGACCCAGUUUUGUGUUCUCAUGGGUUUCCAGAUGGCCCACUCUCUCUGGCAUUACAGGGGAUGUGAUGAGCCACGGGCCCAGCCGUGAGCGCUCAGUCCCGCCGAGCCGAGGGCCUGCAGGACCCUGACGCCGAUUCCCAUCCCACUGUGUCUGGCUGCAUUAAGGGCUGGGCGUCGAAGGCAAGGUUCCCUCUUCUUACAUUUUGUGUUUGUCCCAUAUUCUGCUUUUACCAAGGGAAUUUUUAAAAACGUAUUUUACACAAA